UGCUCAUUCGCAAACGGACCUCGGCAGCAAUAGUAACAGUAAACGGUAAACGGAGUAGUAGGAAAAGAAGAAGAAGACUACUUGCGAAACGGAAUAAAACGGUACGCGAAACGGGUCGGUGUUUGAGGCGUGUGUACGAAUCGGGACGGUACGAGACGCCGCCGUUUUUUGGAAUGCGCUAAAAAAAACACUCCAAAUUUGCGCAGCAGCAGAGGCAGUCGCUUGUGACGUCAAAAGGAGUCGCGUCGCCCCCCCGUAUUGUGACAGGGAGAGAGAGAGAGAGUAUUAGCGUUAACAGUUAUUCCUUUUGGACCUCCCUCUCUCUGUGUGUGCCGCCACCGCCGCGAAAAUGGAACAGCCGAGCAUACUCGUAAAAAUCCUUCACUCGGUGCCGCACGUGAACUACACGUUUCGGCGGGUGAACGACACCUUCAAUCCGGACAGCGAUAUAUAUCUCGAGAGUUUGGGCAUCCUUGCCUCGAUACCCGCCGGCCUGCUCAUCGUCUCAUUGGUGGGACUGCUGCUGUAUUUACUCACCCGCUGCUGUGAUCGACGCCAGCGGAAGCCGAGCGCCCAGCGAUGCCAGAGCUGCACUUUGGUGAUCAUCACACUGAUGACAUGUGCGGCGAUUGGAUUAGGAUUAUAUGGCAACGAUGACUUCCACAAUGGACUGCUGCAGGCAUUUAGCUCUGGGAAGAAUGUUGAGGGUCUCGUUCUCACCCUGAAACGACAGACUGAAAGCAUUAAGCAUGACCUGGAGUCAAAGAUGGCCGGCCACAAGGUGGAGCAAAUGGUGGAGAAGCCGCAAUACAAUCAGACGGUGGUGAUGCUGCUCAUUGAGACGUCGCGCCUGGUGCGAGAGAACACGUCGCGAGCGGUGGCCUCCCUGGACAGCAUGGUGCACUACUUCAUGAAGGCCAAGGGCGGCGAGAAUGACACCUCGUUGAUGGGGCUGCUGCACAUGGGGGAACUCUACGAAUCGAUACGAUGGCCCGCCACCUUGGCCUUUCUCACCGUUCUGCUGCUGCUGUGCACGGUUCUGGUGAUUGGAGUUGCACGCAGGUCGCGUUGCACCCUGAUCUUCUUCAGUGUUUCGGGCUUGUUCUGCAUCAUCAUCUGUUGGCUGCUGGCGGGCAUCUACCUAGCCUCCAGUGUGGCUGCUGGCGACUUUUGUAUGCGACCCCAUGACUAUAUGUGCCGGCAGGUUGGAAUGAGGAGUCCGUAUGUGGAUUUCUUGAAUUGUGGAACGCCCAGGAAUCGUUUCAUUUUGCGCCUGAACGAAAGCAGGGAUCUGGUGGAUCGGGCCAGAGAGAGUGUGGAAACCAUGCAGCGAAUGAGCCAAGAGACCUAUCCACGCAUCGAUGUCCAGCGCACUUUGACGGCCAUGGACAAUGAUCUGGAGGAGACGCGUCGCAAUCUGACGACUCUUUCCGCUACACUGGACCGCAGGGCCAUCGAUCGUCAUUAUGCGGAGGCGCUGCGAGGGCUCUGCGGAGGCGGAUUGCUGGGCCUUAGUCUCAUGAUGGUGGCAGGCCUGCUCACCUCCUUCCUGCUGACGAUUCUCGUGUAUGCGGAUUCGCAUGCCUGGAUAUACUUGAGCAAGCGACCAACGCUGGAUGCAGACAAAUCGGAGACGGCUCCCUUGUUCCCUGCCUCGAAUGCGCCCAGUGCCAGCAUCUCGCCAACGGCACCUCUGGGUACCGGAACGAUCAAUCGCACACUACUGCAUCAUCAGCAGACGCAGGGAGGCAGUGCAGGCGUCGGCGGCGGUGUGGCAAGCGGCGGCACACUACCAGGAUCAGGAGGCGGAGGCGGAGGCGGAAUGAACGGGAACAAUGGCGUUGGACCGUACAGGAACGGAACGGCGGGACUGAGACAAGGGUUGGCAUCACCAUCAUCUCAAUCUCAAUCAAGCCACAGCUCAUCCACGGCCAUUUAUGGCCACCACCACCACAACAACAGCAAUCAGAACCACUACAACAACAACCUCCAGAACAAUCACUACAGCAACCACUACAGCAACAACUAUAACAACACCACCACACAACAGCAACAACAACAACAACAACAACAACUGCAACUGCAACAACAGCAUAAUAGAACUAACCAGACGACAGCGGCGGCGAUGGCCACGAUGGUAGCUCCAAUGACGUUGGCCAACCCCCACCACACACGCACCUCGGUGUCGGGGGCCGCCAGAGGAGGGGGUCGUGGAUCGCCGUCGCCGCCGCCCGGCUAUGAUAUGGUGCAUGGCACAAGGUCCGGCCAUCACACAUUGGGACGCCUGCCGUCGCAUCAUCAGCAGAGCGCCUCGUAUAUGCAGGGGCCGAACAAUGGAAAGUACGCGACGCUCAGCAAGCAGUGUAAGACGCUCGAAUCGAACGACUUUUACUGAGAUUCGCUUGCCUGCAGCACCUAUGCAGGCAAUAGCAACAACACAGCCCAGCAGCAACAGCAGCAACAGCAGCAGCUCCAACUGCAGCUCCAGCAGCUUCAGCAGAGCAGCAACAUCAUCAAUCAGCAGCACCAGCACCAACAUCAGCAUCAGAACAGCAGCAGCACCUUGAAGAACAUAUUCGCUUCGGCGACCCUGCCCCGUUCCACGGGCAGCUCCAUCCGCUCCGUGCUCUCCGCACAGACGGCCAACGCCAUGUGCAGGUCCACAGGCAAUGGCCUGGAUGUCGGCAGCGAGGGGGGGCUGGUCGACGACCGGGAUCCCCGCGAUGUCACAAACAACAGCUUCAAUCGCUUCGAUCCCAAGUACAUCAGCAUCGGUCCCAAGGCGGUGCGUGGCAACAAUAAUCUGAAUAUUGUGGCUGCGGCGACGGCCAACAAAUGUGCCACAUUGCGGCACGUGGGUCGCUAUGGGGGCUCGCUCAAAGGUGUCUCCUCAUCGAUGGCCAUGGGCGCCUCACCGUCGCCGAAUUUGCGUAGCGCCAAGACGCCAUCGAUAGCCACCGUUUCGAAGGACUAUUGCCAGCAGCCGGACUGCAUACCGCAGGUCUGUGGCUCCACGGAGUUCCUUGUCCAACAGCAGCAGCAGCAGCAACAACAGCAGCAACAACAACAACAACAGCAACAGUUGCAGCAACAGCAGCAGCUGCAAAUGCAGAUCCAGCUGCAAAUACAGCAAAAGCAACAGCAGCAGCAACAACAGCAGCAGCAACAACAGCAACAGAUGGUGCCACCACCAGCACCGCCUCCGCAACAGCAACAGCCACAGCCGCCGCCACAGAUGCAGAUCCAACCCGCACCACCGCCGCCGCCACCAAAGCCAAAGAAUACCUUCACAGAGAUACCCGGCACCACGGGCGUUGGGAGCUCCUAUGCCAAGGAGCAGCAACAGCAACAGCAGCUCCUGGCCCUCCAGCAGCAGCAACAGCAGCAGCUUUUGGCACUCCAGCAGCAGCAACAGCAACAGCAGCAGCUGAUUCAUCCACCGACGACCCACAUACUGCCGCCCUCGGCCGUCUACAGCAUCGAGAGCAGCGAAGUGCCGACGGCAGCGCCUCGGGUGGUACAGCGUAGCCUCAAUCCGGCCUCGAUUGUAAACCAGCCGCUGCCGGAGAUACCCACGCAGUCGCCCACCCAGUCGAAGAUAUCCGCCCAGCCGCUGUGCGCCGCCAGUCUGGGCCAGUACCGCUCGUUGCAGCGGCCCCAGAACCACAAGAUAUCGGCCGCUGCCUCCCAGCCACAACAGCAACAGCAGCAGCCGCCUUCCCUGCCGCCGAAGAACAGGCAUAAGACGUCAAGGGCCGGAGGCGGUGGAGACUCCAGCAAUGCCAACCACAUGCAGACCCUGCCACCAAAGUCCGCCAGCCUGCGGCAGCAGCAGCAACAAACAGGGGGCUACGAGAGGGAGCGAGAGAGGGACCGCGACCGCGACAGAGAGCGUGAGCGGGAGAAAGAGCGUGAGCGUGACAGAGAGCGGCCGCGUCGUGCAGAGACGCUGGACAAUGCCCGCAGCUAUGUGGAGCAGCAGCAAUACGGAGGCCAGGUGCUCGUCGGAAUGAAGAAGCAGCAUUCGUACGACAGCAGCAGUACGUACCAUCACCACCAGCAGCAGCAGCUUCAACAGCAGGCUCAGCAGCAGGCGGCCUUCUACCAGCGCCAGCACAACAACAACUAUCAGGGAGGAGGGGGACCUGGUGGGGGAAGCUCCUCUAAACAGCAGCAACAGCAGCAGCAGCAGCUGCUCAUCGAACAGCAGCAGGCGCUCUUCUAUCGCUCUCUGAAACGCGGCGAACGAGGAGUAGGUGGAGGAGGGGCAGGAGCCGGCGGCGGCACUGGUCCGGCCACCCAUGGGACACACUCCAGCCAUGCACAUGCGCACGCCCAUGCCGCGCAUGCCGCCCAUGCCAGCAGCGACCUCUACUCUGUGACGGAGUUGUAGGAGUGCGCCUGCUGCGGCGGCGGCGUUGAUGUUGUGCGACGGGGCACAUCAUCAACGUCGCUGCACGCAGCGGCGGCGGUAGCCAGCACUCAGACCCAGACGCAGCAGUCGGCGCAGGCGCCCAUUCCCCUGCCCCCCAAGAAGCACCGCUCGAGCCAUGCCCAACAGCAGCAGCAGCCACCCUCCCAAACCGCCUGUAAUGCCAACCUAUGCGAGGAGCACGAGUACGACGAGUACUUCCCGCAGCCAUAUGAACAGCAGGCGCCUCCAGGCCCCGUCCCUGCAGCAGCCACCACCUCCUCCUCGUCAAAGCACUCGAAGCAGCAGCAGAGGGCGGCCACCUUCGACGUGGCCGAUGCCCGGGACUACGAGCUGAAGCGUCUGGGCAACCGGCGCUCCCAGCAGCAGGCGGCGCCCAGCAAGCGCAACGGUGGAGCAGGCCUUGCCGCUGCAGCAGUGGCAGCGGCGGCGGCUGCAGCGGAGCACCAUCACAGCCAUCGCAGCCAUGACAGGGAGCGAUCGCGCAGCGAUCAUCGUAUAGCCAGCUAUGCCUGCGAGGAGGCGGCGGCAGCAGCGGCGGUGGCCAUGUGCGGCGCUGGCUCCAUGAGUGUGCUCCCCGCCAAUGGUUCCCAGCACCAGCACCAACAGCAGCAGCCAACAUCCCAUCGUGGCCACCACCACCAGCAGCAGCAGCAACAACAACAACAGCAGCAGCAACAGCAGCAGCGGCGGGAGAAAACCUUUAAAGUAUGAUUUUUAGAGACGUCAUAAAAAUUGUCCACUCCGCGCCCGCCAGACGGUGGCAGGGGCGGCUCCAGGCGACGAACGCGUUGAGGCGGAGGGCGGUCCAGGAAGCGUUGCGGAUUCUUUCGAUUAGAGAGCCCCCAAGGAGGAACGCCUGAAAUCAGUGAAAAAACGAUUCCGAUUCUGCUGCUCCCAAUAGCCAUUCCAAAGCAAAAAUUUGUUUAACUUAAGUCUGUCUCUGUCUAACACCCCCUGUCAUUCCCACUAAGACUCUAUCUCUGUCUCUCUCUUUCUCUCUCUCUCUCUGUGUGUGUCUCUGAACACCUGAGAGACAGAUGCAUGCAUCCAUAUAAGAACACCUGAGAGACAUACAGUGGCGUCCACAAAAUACAGACCUAUGCAUACAGACUCAUCCCAUUGAUGCAACACUGUAGCUGUAACUGUAACUGUAACACACAAACACAUACACACCCAAGACACAAAAAACACACAUACAUACAUCAGUUCUCUGCUCUGUGUUGUUGCCUAUUGUUAUUAUUAUUAUUAACCGUACUGUACUAUAAUUAACCGACUAUGUAAUAUCCCCUAAUUUUUUUAUAACACCCCUCCCCCCCUAUUAUGUACGAUAUACGUAGUAUGUAUGCCUAUGUUUAGCGCGAGUCCUUAGUGUGUAAGAGACAAAUUAUUUAUUUACGAGGAUAUUGUAGUGACCCCCUGACCCCUGACAUACCCCCUAGAAGCAGAGCUGUGGAGGAGAGGUGGGGAAGAGGCUUGACAUUUAGGAAUUGUCUCUGGUAUUUUAAGACUGCAACAGAGGUCGGCAGCGUCCUAUGUACAAAUGUCGUGUGGCUUCGGGCUAUCCAUCGCUCGGCUUCAUUUUUCUGAUUUGUUCUGCGCAAAUUUCAAUCUGUACAAAAAAAAGAAGUGCUCAACAGACUGAGAAGAUGUUUAUUUCUUUUUUUUUUUUUAAUAAGGGAGGUGCAAUGCUAGAUUGUUUUUCUUUUAUUGAGAGGCAUCAUUCCCGGUAUAAGGAGGUUAAGGUUAUAGGGGUUGAGCGUUCUUCGAAGUUAUUGGAAUUCAAAUUAAAAUUUUUCCUAAAUUAUAUAUAGAACCCGGAAUACACAUCUUUGCCUGAAUUCAUUUUGUCAGUGUAAAGAAUCGGUUUUGGCUUUGCGCCUGUUUUCUGCUCACACAAAUCCCUAAAAACAUGAGAAUUCUGCGUGUGACCUCUACUGUACAAUCUGAUGUACUAAUUUGUAAAAUGUAAUUUUAAACUAAAUUAUAUGGAAGAGCGCCACUGUUCUUCCCAACAACCACAGCCGAGGCUCGGCCCAUCGGGAAGCCCUCAAAGAAAAUAAGAAGAACUCCAAUGAUCGAGCCUUUCCCCCCCUCUCAGCUCGUUCCCUUCCGACUAUUCCUUCCCAACCGACGACAGAACUUUUAAUUUUUGGUUUGUUUUGUGGAUUAUCACUUAUAUUAUUUGAGAAUCCGUUGCGAGAACCACCACCACCACCAACAACAACACCAACAGCGACACGUACGUAGAAAUUUUUGUGACGUCAGAAAUCUAAAGCAAAAAAAAACAAAAGGAAACCAAAUGCAAAAACAAAAACAAGCGAACACCAAACAAAAAACAAAAAACCGUGAAUAAGGAAAGUCAAAAGCAGAAAACAUUUCACAAAAUAAAAUUAUAAUACAUAUUAAUAUUUAAAACUUGAUAAAACUCAAAGCAACAUAGGAAAAGUUUUAAAUUUUAACAAAAGAAAAUAACAGUAACAGUUAACUUCUGAAAAAACGGAGCAAUACGAAUACGAAUAUACGACAGAAAUAGCAGGCGGAAAAAGAAUGUUCAACUAUUUUAACGAGAAUUCCAAAAUGAAAUAAUAAUAAACAAAAAGAAUACAUAGAAAUAUAUACAUACAUACUACAUACAUAAAACACAUGCAUACACACAGAAAUACUUACAUACAGAUACGUAUAUACAUAUGUAUACACACAUAUAGUAUAGUACUAUAUAAAAAAAUCAUUAACUAAUUAAUCAAUCAACAAAGAAAACCACACACAAAGGAUAAACCAAUUGUUCAGGUCAAUAACUGCAUUUAAGCCGGAAAGCGAAGGAUAAGGGAGAAGAAGAAGGAGCACGAACGAAACGAAAUGAAUUCAAACGAAUAGAAGCGAAAUAGAGAGGAAAUUAAAUGAAAUGGAAAAUCCCUGCUAGGCGUUAAACGAAAUGAAAAAUGCUCUUUUUUAUAUACGAAAAAUAUAUGUAUUGAAUGUAUGGAAUAUUAAAAAUAUACACAUUUUACAGAAAUUGCAAUUAAAGAACAAAACACACAGACGCAUACACACUCGCACAAAAUCCAUAUACAUACACACAAACACAUACAUAUAUAGCGAAUUGAAAAGCAAAAGUGAAGAAAAGGGAAAGAAAAAUGUGCACACACAUGCCAGCCAGCGAGCGGGCUAGCGUCCAACUGUUAUCCUCUCUCACUAUCUUAUGUCUCAUGCGCCAGCCAACCAACGGUUAUUCUCUCCUCUCUUCUCCUCCACCUAAUCACUAUCUCUCUGUCGCUCCCUCGCCCUGCGGAUCCAUCAUCCCACGAACCAUGCUUGUGUGUGAGCGUUUUUCGCUUCCCGUUUUUCCAUUGCAAAAUGUUUCAGAAAGUAUGUAGUGUAGUGUAGUAUAGUCUAGUGUAGUGUACGAGUAGUGUAUUGACUCCUAGCGGAUAAGGCCAAAGUAUGUAGAUUUAAAAUGGAGGAACAGACGGAGGAAAUACCAAAUAAUUUGCAGGCAGGCAGGCAUUUACUUGUAGCAUUUAAAAACUUACAUUCUACACACACAAAAUAAUCGAAAGCGCGGAAUGUGGGAUUAAUUCUUAAAUACAAACUAAAUAAAAUGCAAUUAUACACGGAUCGUAUAUAAUACAGGACGGGAUGGAUAUAUAUUAUAGGAUAUAAGCAGUGUGUAAACAAAAAACGGGUGCUUUGACGAUGUUUAAGCCAUACCAAAACGGGAAACUAGUGCACUUUUUUUUCUUACUUUAACGAAA